AGAGCGAGAGAGUGUGUGUGUGUGUGUGUUUGUGCCUGUGUGUGUGAGACACGGAGAGGCGGCUGCGAUGAGAGUGUGAAGCAGUGAGAGGGAAAACCUUGAAAGAACAGCAAAGGCGAUCAAAAGGGGGGGGGGGGGGGAGAGACGCUAAACACAGCAAAAAGGCAGAGCAGAGUGGGAGAAAGAGGAGAGGAGGGGAGGGAGGUAAAGUGUUCUGUGAAUGCACUGUCUUUGAUGGUCCUGGUGCCAAAAACUCAAGAGAUGCAAUGAAUAGAUGACCAGCCACUAUACACACCAGCAUCCUGUCCUGGAGCCUUGACAGGAGGGAAGAAGAAAAAAUCCACACACACUCAAAGGCAAAACACUCUCGUCAGCCAGUCCCACAUCCACUGGAUCAUGUCGUCUACUGGGUCAGCCAACCACAACAAGCGUCUGGCAUCGGAGACAGACAACUCCCAAAGGGUGUUGGACAAUGACUCAGCCCAGCACCUGAAACUGAGGGAGAGGCAGCGCUUUUUUGAAGAGGUUUACCACCAUGACGUUGACAACUACCUCCCCUCUUCUCACCUGCAGAUCGACUGCAGGAAACCCCCCAUGGGAAGUAUCUCUUCUAUGGAGGUGAACGUGGAUGUUCUGGAGCAGAUGGACCUGAUGGACAUCUCCGACCAGGAGGCCCUUGACGUGUUUCUCAACUCAGGCUCAGGAGCAGAUGAGGGAGCGCUGGCAUCUCCACUACCAGAUGCUGAAGACGAAGAGGAGGAGGAGGAGGAUGAAGAUGCAGAGGUGGUCUACAGGGAGCGGGCACCUUUGAAACGGCAAAAUGAAGUUCAGCGCGGCACAAAGCCUCGCAUGUCCUCCACCUCAUCUGGCUCCAGUGACACCAGCGGGGCUGGAGCGGACACACCUGUGAUCCAGUCGGAUGAUGAAGAGGUCCAUGUCGACACUCUGCUGCUGACCUCUGUCCCUGACACCAGGGAUGAAGAAACAGAGGAGGAAGACGAGGAAGAAAGAUGCCUUGCGACUAAAUCUUCAUAAAGACUGAAUUUGAUUCUCUGUACAAAUACAUAGAGAGGGUAAAAAAAGUUCUCUCUACAUAUUUCAUUUUGUGGAAACUAGCAUGGUUGACCUAGCGGUGAUUUGCUCUGUCGUUUGAAUGUUUUCGUGAGUGAACCAGAUUUUUCUUUUUCAGAUGUUUCUUUAUCCAAGCAACUUUUACAAACUGUUUCAUUGUUUGUUUGAACCCUUGAUGACAGGGCCAGCCCAAGUUUCCUUACAUACAAACAACACGAGUCAUCAACAACUCUCAUGUGCUGACUUGAAGGAAAUUGUCAGUUUAAGUUAUGUUUGUCUAAGUACCAGAGGGAAAACCUCACCCAUUUUGUGUCUUGAAAGCACAGGUGCUGAACAGAUAUGUGAAACAAAAAGGCUGCAGCGUAUCUUUGCUUUACUGACAGGUUUUCAACAGGUCAAAUAACAGAAACGAAGUUAAAUCAGAGAACAAGUAUGGCAGAUUGCCUUCGACAGCAUGGCUGAGGGCAAUCUGAGUGGACCGAGUUCAAAGGCACAUAGCUCAAGCUUAAGUCAAAGAAUCAAGCUGCUUCUUUUUGGGAUUUCGGAGAGAUCAACACAACGCAAAAAUGAAGCUCUGUGAGAAAAACCUAACAAAAAGGUUUCCCUCUUUGACAAUGUUAUCAUGACUGUGUGCAUGUGAAUGGAACUGUGUUCGUAAAUGCAUGCCAUUAUGUUCUUGUUUGUGACGACAUUUUAUGUUUUCAUUUAUGUACGUAACUUCACAGUGAUGCAUUACUUAAUGAUGCAGGUGACACCUGCAUGUUCCUUCUCUAAUCCACGUGACAUGUACCAUGACAGUUUGGUAUUUGUACCCGCCUGGAGUUUGAUUCAGCGGACAAAUUUUUGUUUGUUCAUCCGCUUUGCAAUGCAUCUUUAAUAUUUGCGUAAAGGCGUGUCUGUGAAGGUGUGUCUGGUAAAUAUCAAAACAACCUUUUUACAGUGUUAAUCAUGAUGUUAGUCUCUUCCUCAUUUGAAUAUCUUGUUAUGGGCUAAAUAAAAAGAGAACUUACUGUUGAA